UUGAAGUUGGUGCAUAAUUUGGACUUCAUUUGAUGUAGUUUUUGCAUGCUGUACCAUGUUUAAUUAAUUCCCAUUGAUCUACUAGUCCAAAUGAUUUGAAAUUUAAUAUGUGGCUUGUUGAAUGCCUUCUGGUUAGGAUAGAAUUUUUGUGGAUUUUUUGGAUCCUUUUUGACAUGUGGUUGGAUAUGAUCUUGCUGGUUGUUUGUAUGAGACUCAACAUUGCUUCAUUUGCCUUCUAGGUUGCAUAAUUUAAAAUAGGAACAUAGUUUGAAUAUGGGACCAAUUGGGAUCCCUUUGUAUUUGAUAUUACUUGGUUUUCAUCAUGAAUUGGCUGCUGUUUUAGGAUUUUUCCAUCUUUUUGACCCUAGGCUAGUCCUAGUGGUCAUAGUACUUACCUUUGAGUGUGAUUGUACCUUUUCAGGUUAAAGAUAAUGAUUAAGGAGAUUUGCUCCACAUUAUGGAUUGUGUUACUUGACACAUAUGACUAAUGUAUUUGUUUUGUAGGAUGUUGGUUCAUGUGAGCCUUGUGCUAUGCACCUCAUUAUGUGUAUAAUUGUACUUGGUUAAUUGAUCAUUAUAUUGUUGUCUGUUUGUGAAAGUAGAUGCUGAUUCUGUUUGACUUUUGUACAGGUACCUUUAGUUGCUCAAUUCCUUGCGAACUUUUGCUUUGCGUUGCUUAAGCAACUUGCAUUGAGGGACCCUUUGGAUCGAGAUCUUGGCUGAGAGACUUUCUAUUCAGAGAUGAGAAGACCCGGCUUGAAGGAUGAUGUUGCUUACAAUUUCUUUGACCCGGAUAUCAGUGUGUUGAAGGAUAUGAUAGCGUUGAUCACUCCUGACCAUGUGGGGUUGUUUCGUGCGGUGUAUGGGGGUAUUCUGAAGAUGGUUUUCAGGCUCAUGGACAGAGACAGGAGCGCCAUCCAUACUCUACUUCAGUUUUACGAUCCCGAGCUGAGAUGUUUCGUCUUCCCAGAUUACGUGCUAGGGCCGAUGUUGGAAGAUUAUGCUGAUAUUUUGAAUAUCCAGAUCAGGGAUCAAGUUCCUUUCCGGGUUACUAAGGAAGAACCUGAUAUUGGUGGGAUUUCCCGUGCUUUCUAUCUGAGUCCAGAGGAAGUGAAGAGUAAUCUGAAGGAGAAGGGUAAGCUGCCUGGUUUUCAUCUGAGUUUCCUAGAGGCUAAGGCUAAAGAGCAGUCAGAAUUGGGGAAUUGGGAAGCUGUCUGUGCUCUGGUUGCGGCGAGCAUUUAUGGGAUCAUUUUGUUUCCCAACCAGAAGAACUUUGUGGAUAUCAAUGCCAUCCGCCUGUUUAUUCGAAGGAAUCCUAUCCCUACAUUGAUUGGAGAUGUCUAUUAUUCGGUUCAUAACCGGAAUGAGAAGAGGCGUGGGGGUUUGAUUCGAUGCUGCGCGCAGUUAUUGGUCAAGUGGUUUAUGGGUUACUUACCAUCCAAGGGUGCUUUUGUUCUUCUGGGCCAGAAUGUUACUUGGGCGACCAAACUGAUGGGCUUGAGGGCUAAGGACAUAGAUUGGACUCACAGUAGUGGAGUUGGACAGGACUUUAUCUGCAGUUGCAGGGGUUUUCCUAAUGUGCCGCUUAUAGGGGUUCAGGGUUGCAUCAAUUACAACCCGACACUUCUUAAGAGGCAAAUGGGAUUCGCUAUGGAGCUUCCACCGUACAAGAGUGAGAUUCAGGAAUCUGUGUACUUCCCGGUUGAGGGUAACCAGGAUAGGGUAAAGCAGGUAUCCGAUGCAUGGCGCAGCAUUCAGAGGAAGGGCAAGGCUUCCUGGGGUAGAGCUAACAACAGAUCUUUUCCUCCGUUCGAUGAUUGGCUCAGAAAGAGAGUGGAGCUUACUUGUCUACCAUUUCCUAUGGUCGAUCCGUGGUAUCCGUUGGUUGAGGAGACUCCUUCUACUGUUAGUAUGGAUGAGUUCUUAGAGAUGAAGCGGGAACGAGACCAGCUACUUGCAGAGAAGACGGAAUUGGAGAUGAGUGUUGCUCGGGUUCAGAGAGCUAAUCAGGAGCUCAAAGCGAAGAUGGAAGAUCAGGAUAAGCGGCAUGCUUUGGAGACCAAGCGAUUUGAGAUGGAUACAGCCUAUUAUGGGAAGAUCAGCCAAGCUUUAGCAUCGUCCAACCGGGAGCAUGACAUCACAAAGGAGAAGCUGUUCAGAGCAUCAAAGGUGAUUGAAGAUGAGAAGAGGAGGCAAAUCCUAGUCAGGGAUCAGAGGGAUGAGAGAGCCAGAGUCCUCGCUGCAGAGUGGGAGGCGGAGAAAGCAAAGAUCAGGACCGAGAGAGAUCAUUACAUGGCAGAGAGAGACCACUACUUCAGACAGAUGAAGAUUCAUCAGAAGGAAGUUGGAAGACUACAGCAGGAGAACAUAGAGCUCAGGUUCGCCGCAGAGUUCGCGAGGAUGGAGGGCGAGAUAGGGCCAUCUGCGGGACCCUCAUCCAGUUAGAUCUUUCUUUCGUUGUGAAUUACCGUCAGGCUUGUUGACGGAAUUCACUUGUCUGUAUUUCUUUCCUAUUCUUGAGGAUUGUAUCUGACCUUAUCUGGUUGAUGUAUGACUACUGCACUGAUUGUGCACUUUUGCUAUGUGAUGGUGAUUUUUCAUUCAGUGAUUGGUUUUCAAGCUUUA